GAAGGCGGAAGCUGGUCCCGGCUCCCCCGUGUGCCGGGGCCAGAGGGGCCAUGGCCGGGGCCGGCUGGGCCCCGCCGCGCCUGGACGAGUUCAUCCUCACCGAGCGCCUUGGCUCCGGCACCUACGCCACCGUCUAUAAGGCCUUCAGGAAGAGGGACGUGCGUGAAGUGGUAGCCAUCAAGUGUGUGAGCAGGAGGAGUCUGAACCGGGCGUCCGUGGAGAACCUGCUGACAGAGAUCGAGAUCCUCAAGACCAUCCGCCACCCGCACAUCGUGGAGCUCAAGGACUUCCAGUGGGACAGCGACCACAUCUAUCUGAUCAUGGAGUUCUGCGCUGGGGGCGACCUCUCCCGCUUCAUCCGGAUGCGCAGGAUCCUCCCCGAGAAGGUGGCACGCAUCUUCCUGCAGCAGCUCGCCUGCGCCCUGAAGUUCCUCCACGACCGCAACAUCUCCCACCUGGACCUCAAGCCACAGAACAUCCUCCUGAGCACGCCGGAGAACCCCCAGCUGAAGCUGGCAGAUUUUGGCUUUGCGCAGUACAUGUCGCCGUGGGAUGAGAAGCACGUCCUGCGGGGCUCCCCCCUCUACAUGGCCCCUGAGAUGGUGUGUCGCCAGCAGUACGAUGCCCGCGCAGACCUGUGGUCGGUGGGCGUCAUCCUUUACGAAGCACUUUUUGGGGAGCCACCCUUUGCUUCCCACUCCUUCACCGAGCUGGAGGAGAAGAUUCGCAGUGACCGGGUUGUGAAGCUUCCCAGCCGACCCCAGCUCUCCCCAGAAUGCCGGGAUCUCUUGGGACAGCUCUUGGAGAGGGACCCUCUGAAGCGCAUCUCCUUCGAGUGCUUCUUUGCCCACCCCUUUGUGGACAUGGAGCACGUCCCAGGCCCUGAGAGCCUGGGCAAGGCGACUGACCUGGUGGUGGAGGCAGUGAAGAAGGAUCAAGAGAGGGAUGCCAACGCCGCCCUCUCCCUCUACUGCAAAGCCCUGGAGUAUUUCGUGCCAGCACUGCACUAUGAAAGCGAUGCACGGCGGAAAGAAGCCAUCCGGGCCAAGAUGGGGCAGUACAUCUCCCGAGCAGAGGAGCUGAAGGCUUUGGUCAACUCCAGCAACAAGAACCUACUGGAGAAAGGGAACCCAGCUAGAGAGCUCCUUAAAGAGAUGGCCAAGGACAAGCCUCGGCUCUGCGCAGCGCUGGAAGUGGCUUCAACUGCCAUGGCCAAGGAGGACGAAGGCGGGGAUGAUGGUGACGCCCUGGAGCUGUACCAGCAGAGUCUGGGGGAGCUGCUGCUCCUCCUGGCUGCGGAGCCAGCAGGGCGGCGACGGGAGCUGCUCCAUGCGGAGAUCCAGAUGCUGAUGGCCCGAGCUGAGUACCUGAAGGAUCAGAUCAAGGUACGGUUGAUGGGUGUGGGUCUGGAGCUGAGCGAGGAUACAGGCUGGGAAACUCUCCUCUCCCUUGGCAGAUGCGGCAGGCACAGUCCAUGGGCAAGGAGGCGCUGGCAGAGCCCGUCCGGAGUGCCUGUACCUUGCAGUGAUUCCCAGGAGCCGGCCAGUGGAUGCUGCUCACUGCCCUGUGCAGAGAUGCCGUCGGAAAGACGAGGCUUCCGUCCCUGCCGCAUCAGGGUUUGUGAUUUGAGCCCUAGGAGGGUCUCCAGCCAAGCCCAGGACCCAGAGCCAGCAUGGGAUCCUGGAGCCAUCGAGGAGGGCUGGGGACCCUCAUCCCUGUCCCCCAGGAGCAGAGCCAGGGUGUGCUCUCCUCUGCUCCAGUGGUGCUCUCCUUCCCCGUGCUCCCUGGGGACACGAGGCAGCCAAAGCAAGGUUUGACCUUGUUUUCACUUCCCAUCUUUUUAUUUUUUGUGUGCAUGGAAAACACAGAGCAGAACGACACGAGCUGUUACGUAAAAUCUUGUUUUCUCCAAUAGAUUUUUGUGGCGGGUG